GCUCAUAAGAAUUACAAGAGCAUCACGUACAAUGAAGAUCUCUGCAGUUUUUCUUCUCCUGCUUUUUGUUCCGCUCCUCAUCUCAGCAAGGCACAUAAUUCCCAGCUCACUGAAUCCGCAGGGAAAGACAUUAUUGUCAGAUUCAGAGGGAAGAAGAGAGAUGAAGGAGGACAUGAUGAGAGUAGAGACGAGGAAGGUAAGAAAGAGAGGAGAGACAGUGGAAGAAGUAGCAGGGUCGAGGUUGCCGGAUUGCUCUCACGCGUGCGGCUCCUGUACGCCCUGCAGGCUAGUCAUGGUCAGCUUCGUGUGCGCCACGCUUGAAGAGGCCGAGACAUGUCCCAUGGCCUACAAGUGCAUGUGUCAUGACAAGUCCUACCCUGUCCCUUAGAUUCACUUUGAAUACAUCGCUCUCUACCUUACUAAUUAAUGUUUGUUCAUUUGCUUUGUCUUUACCAAACUUUGCAACCUAAUCAGAUAUAUAUCAACUUUUUCUUGUUGAGAAACA